AUAUUGCAAGGAUUCUAAAGAUUGAAAAUAACUAGAUAAAAGCUAUCCUGUGAUCUUAUGUUUUGUCUUUCUAUAUGUAGUUUGUAUCCCUACAUGGGCCAACAAUGACCACACUCUAAUAUCUUCUAUUUUCUAGAAUUUUGGUGGGUUUAAGUAGAUAUCAAAAUUACAUGGCUGAGAAACAUUCCUUACAAUCUAAAGAUAAAUCAACAGAAAAAAAAAAAAAUCAAACAUACACCAAAAAUGGAAGCAUGGUUUGUGAUCAUUGUAACAACAUGUAUUGCUGUUCUACUAAAGAGUUUUGUUUCAUUGAUGUUAACUAAACCGAAAUCAAAAUCAAAAUCAAAAUCAAAACCGAAACAUCCUCCAGGCCCUCGCGGUUAUGGCAUCAUUAGCCGUGUGCAAUGGCUCAGUAUGUUAUCCACAGAACGCGAGGCAGCACUCAAACGACUAUCCUCCAAGUUCGGGCCAAUAAUGAGUGUUCCCAUGAGUCGAUUUCCUGUCAUAUUCAUUUCUAGUCGUUCUUUGGCUCACGAGGCCUUAGUUCAAAAUGGGGCGGUAUUUUCUGACCGUCCUAAGCCACUUCUUACAUCUAAGAUUAUGUCUUGUAAUCAGCACAAUAUAAGCUCAGCGAGUUAUGGGCCUAAUUGGCGAUUAUUUAGACGAAAUCUGACUGCUCAGAUUUUGCAUCCUUCUAAGGCUAAGGAUUUUGGGCAUGCCCGAAAAUGGGCACUUGAUAUUCUUGUUAAUAAUCUCGAAAAUUCAGAUCAUUUUGUUGGUGUUAGGGUGAUGGAUCAUUUUCGGUUUGCCAUGUUCUGUUUGCUUGUUUUUAUGUGUUUUGGGGAUAAAUUGGAUGAAUAUCAGAUUAAAGAGAUUGAAGCAAUUCAGCACAGAUUGCUGACAUCCUUUAAUGGAUUUCAAAUACUCAAUGUUUGGCCUUCGUUUACUCGGUUUUUGCUUCGUAGACGUUGGAACGAAUUGUUUGACAUGAAAAAGAAACAAGAACACUUUUUCAUUCCUAAGAUUAGAUCAAGGAUGAACCUUCUUAAGGAGGCUAAGUUCCCUUGUGAUCAGAACAAUAACAGGUUGGUCCAUUGUUACGUGGAUAGCUUGUUGGCACUUGAGAUCCCAGAGGGUGACACCAAGAGAAAGUUAACAGAAGAGCAACUAGUUUCAUUUUGUUCUGAAUUCCUCACUGCUGGUACUGAUACAACCUCAACAGCCUUGCAAUGGAUCAUGGCAAAUCUUGUUAAGUACCCUAAUAUCCAAUCUAAGCUUUUCGAGGAAAUCAAACGCGUAAUUGGAGAAGAAGUGGAACAAGUUUGCGAAGAUGAAUUGUCGAAAAUGCCUUAUCUUAAGGCUAUAGUGUUAGAAGGGUUAAGAAGACACCCCCCAGGACACUUUGUUUUACCACAUAGUGUGACACAUGACACAGAGUUGGGUGGCUACAUUGUGCCUAAAGAUUCGAUCAUAAAUUUCAUGGUUGCGGAUAUGAAUAUGGAUCCUGAGAUUUGGGAGAACCCGACAGAAUUCAAACCCGAAAGAUUUUUAGAGUUAUCAGAAGACGAAAAUUGUGAAGAAUUUGAUCUUACAGGAAGUCGCGAAAUUAAGAUGAUGUCUUUUGGAGCGGGCAGGCGUAUAUGUCCGGGACUAGGCUUGGCCAUGCUACAUUUGGAGUAUUUUGUGGCUAAUUUGGUUUGGAACUUUGAAUGGAAAGAAGUGGAAGGCUAUGAGGUUGAUUUGUCUGAAAUCCAAGAAUUUACUGUUGUAAUGAAGAAUCCACUCCAUGCCCACAUUUCUCCUAGGCAAAAUAAAUAAGUUUAACUAGCCUUUUUUUUUAAGUGUUUCUAAUGUAAAUUGUUUUUUCUUAUUUUUAAAAUCUCAAACACCUUUAUAGUAGCGAAUUGGAAACUUAAAGGCUGAUAUUGUUCUUAAUUAUUUAUGUGAUAUAGCAUAUCUAAACAAAGUUUGAAAUUCACAGCAA